ACCCGUCGACACACGAUAAGCGGCAGACGUCUGCGAACGGAUUCGGAGUGCAGUCAAAAGUCUCUCAGAUCGGGCAGACGAAAUCAACCGAAUAGAGAUCCGCAGAGACCGUUUUACAGAGACGACAUCUUUUACGGCGGCUCUUUAAACAGACUGCCUCACUACAAAUCGCAGCAAUCGUCGGUCGGUUAUCACAUGUCGGUGACGCGGCUGCCAACGGCAACGGACGUGGCGGAGGAGGAGAGCGGAAGUUGCUACCUGUGCCCCGAAAGCGUGCGUCGUAUUCUGACUACCAUGCUCGACCUUAGCCUGCUGAAGAGCCCGUCCUUCUUGGUACUCGCCAUCUCCGGCGGGCUCACCAUGAUGGGCUUUUAUACGCCCUUCAUGUAUGUGCCGGAUCGCGCCAUAAAAGCUAACAUCGACGCCUCGACGGCGAUGUUCCUCGUUUCGGUAAUCGGCAUCGGCAACACCGUCGGUCGUAUCGUCUGUGGUUUAGCGAGCAGCCUGCCCGGGGUGAACGCCUUGGUCGUGAACAACGUGUUUAUCAGUGUCGGCGGUUUGCUCACAAUAUUCUCCGGGUUUUCCCUUACGGAAGGAUAUCAAUUCUUCUAUGCGGCCGGCUUCGGCCUCAGCAUAUCCGUGUUCGCGUCUCUGAGAUCGAUCCUCGUGGUGGAUUUGCUGGGCUUGGAGAAGCUGACGAACGCCUUCGGACUGCUGCUUCUGUUUCAAGGCGUGGCGGCGGCUAUGGGUGCGCCUCUCGCAGGUGCGUUUAUGGACGCGACCGGCAGCUACGACGCGUCGUUCUACCUGUCAGGCAGCCUCAUACUUUUGUCGGCGGUGAUUUGUUAUCCGCUCAAGAGGAUUAACGCGUGGGAGAGGCACAGCGGCCAACCAAAACCGGCAAUCGGCGAUCCUUCCAAGUCCUGAUUGCAUGCGGAAAACGCCGCAUACCGUAACGAUCAUGCUCGGCAGGCGCGUGUGUUGUACAUAUUAAUGUAUAAUAAUAAUUUAUGAAAGAGCAAGAACGCUCGAGUCGAGAACACAGAAUUGUCAUCAAUUCUCGUCGUCAUCGCACGCUCACACUGAGACGUGAAGAGUGUCGACGGGAGGAGGAUCGAUCCUCGCGUUCGAUCUCGCACAAUCGACGGGGCUCUCGGCUCGCGCGGUAGAGGGAGAAAACCAUGCUGCAAAUCCAAGUUUGUUUUCAUGCGGUUGAUUCAAAUUCAUUUGAAAAAGAGAUCUACGUAGAGAGACGUAGAAAGACUUUUUUAAAAAGGUGAAAGGGGAUAGGAAAUGUGAAAUCCUUACACACAAAUCACACGUUUUAAAUGUCCAAUUUUAUAUAUACUCGUAUAUAUAUAUAAACGUAUAAAAUGUACGUAUUUAACUGUAUAAAGAAACAUAGAUGAAACGUGUAGCAAAAUAUCACGCGUAAAAAUGCAUGCAAAAAAUGACUGCACGCAUGAGUGUCUAAAAAUUACACACUUGGAUUUGCAGUACCGAACGUGCCUUCCACCGAAAGUGACCUUCUUCCGACCGAAUGAAGAGUCGGUCGCUCCUCUCUCGACAAGGCCUCGUCUCGUCUCGCCGUUCAAAUUCGACCACGCUUACCCGCGUCUGCGCGUUUAACGCGUUGGCGAGCGUAAGACGAGGCGUCCCCAUCCGCGGCGCGAAGCCCGACGGGAGAACCUCCGCAUGAAAGUGAAGCCGCCGGGAACAAUUCGCGGAUCGAUCGCGAGGUAGCAGGAUCGUGUACAUAACGGACGGGACUCGUCCUAAUCGAGCUAGUUACCGAGAUUAGUUCGUAUUUUAUAUACUCUCCCGAAAAGAAGAGCCAGGAACUUUUUUCAGAGAUAACGUCGAUGUAGCUUUAUCCUUUGAAGCACGAUGGAAAAUAUACUUCCCACUUUUCUUCUUUGAGAUUGUUGUCGAUAAAAUUUUUAUUGCUAUAUUUGAACUGUUUUUUUUUAUCUUUCUGGUAUCUUAGGGAUAGAUGAAUGUAAAAAAAUUGUUAAAAUACACAUUUUGUUAACUGCAAAAGUGUUAUAAAUAACCAAAUUAAGAAAAGUGUCUGUUUUUUGCAGGGAAAAUACAUUUUCCAGCGAUCUUUACAAAAUUUAAGUGUCAUAACUUAUAUAUGGGGUUUUUGAGGUCACUGAUUACGAAUCUGACGUCAGAAUUAGAAGAUUUUCAAAAUCAAUGAUAGCGGUCCGAUAUAGCGGACUGAAAUUGCAGCAAAUCAAGCAAUUCUCGUCAUACGUGGUAUAUAGGGGGUUUUCGGGUCGUUGAUUAAGAAUCUGGGGUCGAAAUUGAAAAAUUACAGAAGAUGAAAUGUUGAAUACAAAAUAGUGGAAAUAUACAAAAACUCAGUGUCUAUGGCUUUCAAAGCUUCCAAGUACAAAUUAUGAAAUGCGAUAUUGCAAAAACGAAUUAGAGGCAUUGAAAUUAUAUAAUCUACAGCAUAGACAAAAUCUUGCUUAUAUUGAAUUUCUAAAUAAAAAACUCAUGCAUUAUUCAUGAAUACUAAAUUUGAAGUGAUUCGGUUGAUUCGCUGCAAUUUCGAUCCUCCAUAUUGGAUCCGCCAUCUUAAAUUUAAACAACUUUUCAAUGUUGAUCUCAGGUUCGUGAUUAUCGACCCCAGAAACCCUCGGGUACCAAAUUUGAUGAAAAAUAAGCAGGUGGAAAAAUGUGUGCUUCAAAGGAUUAACGCGUCGCGCGACGUUAUUCGUGUAUAUAUUCUACCGAAAUCGAAUUGCCGCACACAAACAUCGCGUAGCUUAGCUUUUUUAUAUAAAGAUUUUACGACGCAAGCGUUUGUUGUUACCCGCAUUCACUCGCUCUUGUAUAUUCCACGCGCGGAGAAUCACGGCCGGUUAAUUCAAGAUCUCACGAAACUCGUCCCGCGUCGCAAUUCUGACGCUAUUUGAACGUUCUCGAGGAUAGUUUGGGUCUAUUCGGACAUUCCUUAGAUUACAUUGUGAGAGAAAAAAGUAUCUAAAGAAUAAAACCAAAUUUAUUUGAUAAGUAUUAACAACAUAUUUAUUAACACUGAUAUUUUCACACUGAGAAACAAUUUUCUUAAAGUAAGAUAAUAUACAUUUUCUCAAAUCUGUAGCUUUUCACGAAAGCUUUUAUUUAUUCUAUUUAAAUAAAAUAAUUUAUAUUUAAGCAUAAAUAUAAUAAUGAUAAUAAUAAUAUUUAAACAUAUAAAUGAUAAUUUCCCGCAUAGAACAUUUCUUGGGAUAUAACAGAAGUUCCAGUCUGAUUUCCGAAAAUAAUAAUGGACUUCAAUUGGGAUAUUUACGCGAGUUCUGGUUAGAAAUGUGAUAUGAAACAUACGAUUCUAACGAUGGGAAAUAUAAACGGAGAUCCUAUUUUGUCAUACCCCAACGUUUUCCAAAAAAUUCUUUCUGCUUUUCACUUCACACUAUGAGUGAACUAAAUAUGCGAAAUAUUUUAAGCGUUUUAAGCAUUCGCAUUUUACAAAUGCAUACACAUGAUACGCGAGUAUUAUUGAAUAUCUUAUAAUAACAUUAAAAAUAAAAUCUCGUUUACAAUCUCCUAAUUUAUUAUUCGAUCAAACUGUCACUCAACUUUAGCGAUGACAGUCGCACACAACACGACGCAGUGAUUAAUUAGUACUGCAGAAAAAAGCCUUUAUUUUUAUUUUCAAUUGGUCUCGCAGUGGGAUAACCUAUUUUAAGACAACUUAAAUUAUUUUAAUCUAAAUAUUUUA